UUUUAAUUUUUACUUUGUUUUUAAAAUAAUUUACACCAUCUUAAAAUUUUACAGCAAUUAUUAUAGUAUGCUUCUUAAAAAACGAAAAGUUGCAGUAAAUUUAACGUCUAAAGCGAAAAAGAGAAGAAAAUUUAAUUUAUCUGAUGAAUCAGAAGAUAUUAAUUCAUUUAAUAAAGAAUUAGCUGAAAUUGCUGAACGCGAUCCUGAACUUUAUCAAUUUUUAAAGAAAGAGGAAGCCGAUAUUUUUGACGAGCAAGAUAAUGAUAGGGAUGAAAUUGAGGGUGAAAGAGGGGAUGAUAGGUUAUCUGAUGAUGAAAUGAGUAAAAGUGAAGAACAGGUCUCAGAGUCUGGAGAUGGUCAAUCCAGCGGUGUUUCUUUAAAGCCUGAUCCAGAAACUGGACGUUUAAUUUUAUCGGAUGAACUUGUGGAUUUUCUUGAGUCUGUGCUUAGUGAUCCUGAUUCUGUUGGAAAAACAACUUUUCGAUAUGCGGUGGAGACAUCUGUAAAGGCUUUUAUCUCUUGUAUUGCUCGAGUAGGUGGUGGUUAUUCAAAACUGACAAAGGAAGAAAAAUUGGAUUAUGUUGUGUAUGAUGAACAAAUUUUUGAUCGUGUUCUUCGUCUUUGUUUUCAAACAAUGGGGAGAGCACUUUAUCGAUUAUUAAAUCCUGUCAAGAAAAGCAUCAAAGACGGUCAAAAAAAUAAAUAUAAAAAGUGCUCCCAUUUUAAAAAUUGGCAACGACAUAAAUCUCUUGCAAAAUGCUACUUGGAAGCAGUUCAUAUAUUUUUACUCGAACUCAACUCAAAUCAAGUGAUUGUAGCAGCAAUUCGAGCUGUGGCUGAUUUAGUUGAUUUAUUUAUACACUUUCCAAAACUUACCAAAAAUAUUAUUAAAUGUCUUGUACGAAUAUGGAGUCAACAACAAAUAGAAGAGGCUCGCUGUAUUGCUUUUGUUGUUAUUUGUAAAAUUUCGCGAAUGGAUUCAAAUUUUUUUCCAAAAAUUUAUAAAAGUUGUUAUGUUGCUUUUAUUGCUAAUUGCAAAUUAAUUAAUGAAGAAACACUUCCGUUUAUUAAUUUUAUGAAGGCAUCUUUUAUUGAAUUUACACUUAUGUAUCCUAAAUUGGCUUAUCAAUAUGCGUUUGUUUAUAUUAGACAAUUUGCUAUACAUAUUCGAAAUGCUAUGAUUGCUAAACGAAAGGAUCUUAUUCAACGUGUUUAUAAUUGGCAAUUUUUGAAAGGUUUAUUACUUUGGACAUCACUCAUUUGUGAAGGCACACAACGAUUUACAUCAAUAACAAUUGAAGAAAAAUCCUCUUCUACCAAUAAUUUUGAUGAAGAUUGUCGAAAUAAUUGGUUUAAAGAAUUAACACAUCCUUUAGUUGAAAUUGUUUUAAUUAUGGGGAGACUCUUUCCUUCUUCAAAAUAUUUACCUAUUAGAAUUCAUUGUCUUCGAAUGCUUUUAAAUAUUCAAAGAGAUUGUAAUGUUUUUGUGCCGGCAUUGGCUUUUGCAAUUGAAUUGCUAGAUGAUUUGGCACAAAUGGAUGUUAAAAAACCUAAAGCAGGUAAAGGAACGACAAAAGGAGUGAAUUUGGAAAAAAUGUUACGCCUCUCCAAUGAACAGUUUGAAGAUGCAGGUGUUCGACUACAUUUAGCUCAACAAUUAUUUUUAUCAACUGAAGAGGCAAUUAAAUUAUUGAAAUCGAGUGAAAGACAUCCAGAAACACUUUUAACACCAUUACAAGGACGUCUUAGGAUAUUUCUCAAAAAAUGUGCAAACAGAGAACAUGUUCGUCUUUUUACAAAAUUGAAAUCACAAAUGGUUUAGGAAAGAUUUAAAAUUGAAGUUAUGUUUAUGUUACAAAUACCUACUUUCCUUAAUAAAGAAUUUUCUUUUUAACACUGGGUAGGUUAUUUGGAUUUUCUUAAGAUUUCUGAUUUUUAAUACUCAUUUAUACUCACAAUCAGUAAUACACUCAUUUGUCAGUAAUACUCAGUUUUCUAGUUUUCUUAAUUUUUUGGUUUUAGUUUUUCAAAAGUUCUUAAAUAUUGUCAUUUUUUAAGUUUUUAUGGAAGGGUUCGAUAUUUUUUAUCUGUUAUUAAUAGGGUUGUUUCCCGUCCC